AUGUUGACACUGGAUAUAAGUACUGACUGUUCCUCGCGAAAGCAGCUGAUUAAAUUACUUACAUUCAACACAUGGGGUCUCAAAUUUGUAUCAAAACAUCGCAAACAUAGACUUCAGGCAAUUGCCGAUGAAUUAGCCAACCCCAAAACGGUAGAAGAUGACUACGAUAUUGUGGCAUUACAAGAAAUAUGGUGUGAAGAAGACUGGGAUUACCUCGAUCGUGUAUGUCGCAACCGAUAUCCUUAUCGUCGCGUCUUCAAAUCAGGUAUUAUUACGGGUCCAGGAUUGGCGAUUUUGUCGAAACAACCAAUUGUAGAGACUUUUUUAUAUCGGUUUCCAAUUAAUGGUCGUUCCUCUGCGUUUUUCCGAGGCGAUUGGUAUGUCGGUAAAAGUAUAUCAGUGACUAUUUUUCAGCCUCACAAAGAAGGUAGUUUACCUAUUGCCUUAUUGAACAGUCAUAUGCAUGCACCUUAUGGCCACGGUGAUGCCAGUUACUCAACACAUCGCGCAUGUCAGGCUUGGGAUUUUGCCAAAUUGGUGCGCAUGUUGAAAAAAGCAGGAUAUGCAGUAAUACAAGUUGGUGAUUUAAACUCGAAACCUGAAUCAUUGCCGUACAAGAUAUUUACCGUAGAAGGUGGAUUGACAGAUUCAUGGAAUGUGUUACACAAGGAUGAUUUGAUGAACGCUGCGGAGUUGGCGAAAUUGAGUCCCGAAGAUCAAAUUGCUUUAGGUGGAGUCACUUGCAAUUCGCGGUUGAAUACGUGGAGGAAAAACAGGCGUCUUUCUGAAGCGUGUAGAUUGGACUAUGCUCUUAUUGAUGCCAACAAUAUAGUACCGGUAACGGCUGGGGUCAAGUUUACGGGGAUUUUACCAAAACCAUGGCUGUGCUCAUACUCGGACCAUUUUGCAUAUAGCGUCGAGUUUUUGGUGAGCUCUGUUGAUGAGCAUAAAUCACCCCAAAUUGACCAUAAUUUGUUGGAGCGAGAGAAAGUAUACAAGGAACUACUUGCCGAGAUCAAGCACUAUAGACAAACCACCAUACCAUUUCAAGCUAAUUGGAGAAAGAUGUAUUUCAUUACAUCUAUCAUUAUAGUUAUUGGAAUGCACGUGGGGGUCGUAUUUGCUUCUGAAGUUUCUGGCUGGAUCUCUGUUAUAUUUCUCCUCAUUAAUACAUUUGUUUUAGUUACAGGGCUAUUAAAUGGAUUGAUUUGGUCUCUUGGUGUCAGAUCGGAGCUGCGCGCGCUACAAGAAGUGCAAUUACAGGUUGAAGAUGCGUAUACACAUAUUGAAAGUAUCCUUACAAGAGGACAAAAGAAUGGCAUAAGUAAAAAGAAAUUACUGAUUAGCGUUGAAGAGUAUACACCAAACAUCGACUGA